AUGCGACUUGCAGAAACAUCACCGCAAACCUCAAUGUCUUUAGCUGCAAAUAAUGAGAAUGACGAGGAACGAUAUGUCAUCGAAGGCGUCAAAAAUCUCAUAGCUCUCUCGAAUAUUGCCAAGUUGAAAGAACGAGAAAAUGAGUCGCUUCGCAAGGAAAACCAAUCACUUAGAGAAGAACAUGCAAAGACUGUUGAGUUAGAAAGAGAGCGAGUGAUCCAUCUCAAAAAUAUUGAAGUUCUUCGGGAACGCGUAGAAGAGUUGGAGAACACUCGAAUUGAUGUGAACAGACGCGAGUGUGGGACGCAAGUUGAAGUUCUAGAAGUAUCGGUUUGCGAUGUGUCAUCCCUCACAAAAGAGAAAAUCAGCAGUUCGGACGAUACGUGUCUCCGAGAAGAAAUCGACAAGCUAAUCAAAUGUAUGGAAGAGCUGUCCGAGGGAAGGCGAAUAGAAGACCUUCCGGAGUCAUUCCGAUUGGAGCCUCCUCCGUACUACUACAGCUCAGAUACCUUUUCUAGAACCGUCGAUAUUUUGAAGACGAUUAUGAAGGGUGGACGAUUCCUAAACAAUAUGAUUAACGAUUUUUGGUGCUCGUUGAUUCAACGUGCCGAGCAGAUCGAAUUAGUUAUCAAAGAUAAGACGGAAAAAUCCAAAAAACUCGCGGGUGAUGAGAUUAUCCGUCUGGAUAUCAUUCAUGCGAAGGAGAAGAAAGCUUUCCGCACCAAACUGCAAGAAACCGAGAGAAACCUAUCCUCAUCUCUCCGAGAACUCGAGGAAUACAAAAAACUGACGGCGAAUGAGGCGGCUCGAAGUCAGAGCGAUUCCCAAUUAACUACCGGAUCCGAAAUUCCAAGCAGCACAAUAAACGAACACCAAAAAAGAUUUGACAAGCAGCCACCUCCGAUGGGAGAGUCCGCCCAGCGAAUUGUCACUCUUGCUUCAUCCAAAGACGCAUGGAAGCCAGACAGACAGAAAACAGCUGAGGAUAUCAGUGCAGAAGAAGCUGCUGUCAAGGAAGUCUGCAAGAAGGUACGUUCACUGAUGAACAAGGUCACACCAACAUCGCAAGGCCCAUUGACGGCAGAGUUUAUCUCCUACAAUGUUUCGUCCAACGAAAGUCAGUUGACACAAGUUGUCGGAAUCGUUUUCGAUAAGGCCGUUGAGGAGCCGAAAUUCUGUGCACUUUACACAGAAAUGUGCAAAGCCCAAGUCAUCCACGAACUCGCGAAAAGUAUGGGAAAAUCUGCAUUCCGAAACACCAUCCUCACGAGAACACAGUCGUUCUUCCAAGAUAAAAGAGAUAUUGAUGCGGAGAAAUUGGCAAUUAUUGAGAAGGAAGAGGAUCCAGUAAAACGGGAGGCUAUGCUCAUCGAAGAGAAACAAAAGUUCAGAAGGAGGAAGUUCGGAGUGGUGGCUUUCAUCGGAUAUCUCUAUCGUAACAAUCUCCUUUCCGCCAAGCACGUUCAUUCUUGCUCGCUGGAAUUGUUCGCAUCAAUUCUCCCGAAGAAAAUCGAUGAGAAAGAACAGUUGUUGAAUAAAAAGGACUUCGAUGAGGAAUCAAUUCACUGCGGUCUCCAGCUUAUCGAAACAGUAGGAGUUAUUCUCGACAAUUCCAAGGACCCAGGACCAGCGCUCCUAGAUCAAUGGUUCAAGAAGUUUGAGGAUGCUAAGCCGCUUUGUUCGAACAAGAUCCGAUUCAUGAUUAUGAACUUGAACGAGUUGAGAAAAGACAAAUGGGUUCCAAGAAAGUCGGUUGAGUCUGGACCAAAGAAGAUCGACGAAAUCCACAAGGACAUCCGCCAAGAGAAGAUUGACAACGAGAAGGGUCUAUUUUGGAGAAAGAGAGGAUACUGCAUUUUUGAUAAUUGA